AUGGUGCAUCUCGCUGCUGUCGCAGCGGAGGUGACCUCCGUACAGACGGCACGUCUGUUCGUCGACAUGGUGUUCAAGCACCAUGGCAUGCCCAACGACUUUGUGUCGGACCGCUAUCCGCGCUUCACGGCGCGUUUCUGGCAAGAAGUGUUCACACUUCUUGGAACGCAGUUCUCAAUGUCGACUGCCGAUCAUCCGCAGACGGACGGGCAAACCGAGCGCGUGAAUCGCGUGCUCGUGGACUUGCUGAAAAGCUACGCCCAGUCGUUCCACAACUGGAGCGACUACUUGCCGAUGGCCGAGUUCGCCAUCAACAACGCGGUGCAUGCCUCGACUGGGCAUAAACCGUUCUUCGUGAACGCCAUGCGGCAUCCACGCCUUCCGAGCACGUUCGGGGCGGUGGCUUCCUCCUUAAAGCGAGAGCCCGCACACGACAAGGCGACGUGUCAGUGCCGGGCACUGACACUGUAA